AUGGCUUUAGCAAUGUUCGCCGUAGUUUUUGCUCUCGUCGCGGCUGUCAUCAUCUGUUGCCGUGUUUCUUUCACCGUAGUCAUGUGCUUAGUGGCUGCAACUCUGAUCCUCGCUUCCUUUUUCGUAAUCCCUCCCUCCUUGAUUUACUCUGUUUCACGAAUUGUUCUCACGGAUUUGCUCGGGACUAGAGGCUGCUUGCUUGCUGUGGUUCUUGUGCUCGUCCUCAUUGUCAUUCUCCUCAGUUACUACAACAACAACGGUCGAAGAAAAAGGUAA